AUGAACUCGUGCCGAAGUAUAUUUGUCUUUUUGGCGAUUCUUUUUCUGUGUCACGCCAGAAGAGCCAGAGCUUGUAACGGUGGAUAUGAGUUGAUCGUACACAGCAUCGACAACUGUGGCGGCGAGGGACAGGUCGUGACGAUCGAUCCCAAGUCAACCGUCUCACUGACGGAGGAUUGUAAGGUGAAGUCGAGAGCAACGGCACGCACGACCGGCUUCAAAAAGGCUCAGAUGGAUGUAACCAUCACCAAGAACGGACUGCCAGUAGUAAAGGAAUCGGUAGACAUUUGUGCGAAUCUGGAGGAUGCGGCCAGCAAUAAGGAUGCGGCCGAAAUCAUCACCAUGUUUGGCGUGCCGGAUCAUUGCCCGGUGGCGGCGAGUGAAGUGCGCACCGAUGAAAGUCAAACGUACAGCUUAGAGAAGUAUAAGCAUCACCUGCUGGUAGCGCAAGGACGAUCGAUCAUCGACGUAAUGAUUAAGCAUGAUAAGGGCGAAAGCUGCUUCAAGAUUGACUUGGAGGUAACUGCUCCAAAUCUUAUAGGUUAGAGGUUAAAAUAC